GACCUGGCCCGGCCUUGGCGCCCGCCUCCCGCCCUCUGGGCACCUGUGGCCGGUGAUCGCCUAGGACCUUUGUCACCGGUUCCCACUGAGUCGACCUACGGCUCCAGCUUGGGCCCUGCUGCGCGCCAUGGACACCCGAACCAACCCUGAUCCCUGCUCGGGAUUUGGAGCCCUGCCUCCCUUCCCUGUCCCUACGUGAGAGUCUCCACCAACUUCUGCCUGGGAACUCCAGUCUGCACCUUGUCUUGGCCCAGGGCGACCUCCGCAGCUCUGACAGUGAAGACCCCGCGGAGUGCCCGUAAAGGGCUCCCCGGGGGUGGUCGCAGCUUCCCUGGCUCCUUCUAGAUGGAGGCACCUCGGGAAGGAGCUCUGGCUGAACAGCCACCUUGUAGCCACUGGUGACCACACCUCCCCUAGUGCAGAGGCUGCUGCUGGCGGCGGGAAAUGCUGUUCCAGGUGAGGCCUGGCGGGAGAGCCCUGCCAGGUACAGGGCUCCUAAGUCAGAGGGAGAUGGAAUCCGCUGGCAUGCGGGAGUGGGGGUACCUGAAUGUGGAGACCAUUUCUUCAGAGUGGAGUCAGGACAGGAGCACAGGCAUGCAGAAGGCCCCAGCCAUGGAUUACAGUGCUCUGGACACCUACCUUCCCAGGGACCUAGGAUGACACCUGACAUACGUGGCCUUUAAGCCGGGGAGAUUGUCGUGCUUUGGAAUGGACAAGGGAUUGUGCCACGGGUACCCUUGGGCGUGCCUCCAGCUUCCCAGCCUUAGGAGAGGCUGUUUCCCAUAGUUAUGUUUCGGUGUGGGGGUAGGAAGGUCAGCUAAGGGGGAUCCCUGUGUACGCCCAGCAAAUAACAGCUCUGGCUCGUCUGUGUAGGAAUGAGGUUCAACCACUACAAUCUCCCCUCUGAACAGCUUCCUUUCUUCCUCUUAGCACAGCCUGCUCCCCAGGACCCUGGUGUGACUGCCAGGAUGGAGCUGGGUCCCACAACAGAGACCUUUGUGUUGGAGCUGCGAUGUCUUGAGGAUGGGGGUCCAGGGCCUGACAUCCUCUCAGGUGGCAGUGGUGGGAGUGAGAGCCAGGAGGAGGAAGUGGCUCCGGAGGGGAGCAAGCAGCCCAUGGACUUGCACCUGCAACAGUUAGAGCGGCAGCAAGAGCUGGAACAACAACCGCGGCACAAGCAGUUCCGAGAGCAGCAGCCUCCUCCUCAUCUGUUAGGAUCGCAGCCAGAAUUGCAGCAGCAGCAAGAUGGGCAGCUGCGGCCAUUUCAGCUUCAGAAAGAACUACAGGAAAACCUCCAGUCUGCGCAUCAUCAGGAACAGAGACCACAGCUGCAGCUGGUGCAGCAUCUGGAACUUGGACAGGAGCAACAAUUGUUGCAGCAGCAGCAGCUGAUGAUGAUGGUGAUGAAACCCCAAGGCCAAGAGCAACAGCUGUUACAACCGCAGCGGAAACAGCUGCAACAGCAGCAGCAAUUUCAACAACAGCGACUUGUACAGCAGCAGGUACAAGAACAGCUAUUGCAGCAAAGUGUAGAAGAACAGGCUUUGCUGCAGCAGCAGCUAUUACAGCAGCCAAUGCAAGAGCAACGGCAGUCACCGCAGCUUCUCCAACAGCAGCAACUACUGCAGCAGCAGGGACAAUUGCUGCUGCAACAGCACUUACAACAAGUGCAAGGGCAACAGCUGUUGCAGCAGUGUCAACAGGAGCAGCUGUUUCAACAGCAGCAAGUGUUGCAACAGCAGGGACAAUUGCAGCAGCAAGUACUGUUGCUGCAGCCACAGGAAGAGCUACAGGAGCAGCUGUUGCUGCAGCAGCAGCUGUUGCAGCAGCAGGCCCAGAUACAGCACCAACUAUUGCUGCAACAAGAACAGUUGCAGCAGCAGCAGUUGUUGCAACAGCAGCAGGAACAGCUGCAGUACCACCAGCAGCUGCAACCUCCUCCACUGGAGCCAGAGGAGGAGAAACAAGUGGAACUAGAGCUCAUGCCAGGGGACAUGGGGUCAGAGCAGGAGCUGGAGAGGCUGCGGGAACAGCGGCUGCUGAAGCUAAAACUAAAGGAGCAGCUGCAUCAGUUGGAGCAGCACCUGAUGCAGCAGCAGCUGCUGGAGCAGUUGCAGCAGCAGCAGCUGGAGCAACAAGACCACCUGGAGCACCUGGAGCUGACCCCGGUGGAGCUGGGCGUCCAGCAGCAGGGGCUACAGCUGGAGCUGACCUCUGUGCCUCCUGAGCUGCAGCUGGAUAUGGUGCCCGCUCCGGGAGGUGGCGCAGUGCCAGCUCCAGCCACUGUCAUGGUGGCCCCUCCAGGCUAUGUGGUGCUGCAAGAGCUCAUGGUGCUGCCCACUGUGGCCACAUCCACUGUGGUGGCCUUCCCGGGCCCCGCAGGGAAUGCGACUCUGACGCCCAUGAAACAGCGGAGGCGGCGGCGAGGCAGGGACAGGCCAACCAUCUGCGGGGAGUGUGGCAGGGGUUUUAGCCGCAGCACGGACCUGGUACGACACCAGGCCACACAUACUGGGGAGAAGCCAUAUCUCUGCAGCGAGUGCGGCAAGAGCUUCUCACAGCACUCCAACCUGGUGAUACAUCAACGCAUCCACACAGGCGAGAAGCCCUAUGCCUGCACCUUCUGCUCCAAGAGCUUCAGCGAGAGCUCGGCGCUCGUGCAGCACCAGCGAACCCAUACCGGUGAGCGUCCCUACGUCUGCAAUGACUGUGGCAGGUGCUUCAGCGUGUCCUCCAACCUGCUGCGCCACCGCCGCCGCGCCCACUCAGAUGAGCAGCGCUAUGCCUGCGAGGACUGCGGAGAGUGCUUUCGACACAAGUUGCAGAUCCGCAAGCAUGAGCGUCAGUUUCACGGGGCAGGCCGCUCCCGAAGUCUAGGCCUGCCACGGUCCUCCAGGUCAGCCUCCACAAGGGCCCAGAAGGCCUCUGCAUCCCGGAAGCCCAGAGUGGUGUGAGAGCCAUCCACACCUGGACCCUAGGUCAUGGUCUUUCUGGGUAUCUGAAUUAUCCUUAGGAAAGCACUUUUCCCAGACCUGCCCCUACAAUGCGCCAAGCUCACAGAUGGACUCUUCCCCCAAAACCAUGCACAAGAGAGCAUCUCCAUGUGGGUGAGAGAGACUACCCAAUCAUUGCGCCCCCCCCCCGCCCCCUUCCUGAGAAAAUUGGACUGAGAACUCAACUGGUGGCAAACUACUCGUGGGGUUUGAUGCGACCAAAUACUAACCAGCAAAUGAAAUAUGCAGUGUGUGUGUGUGUGUGUGUGUGUGUGUGUGUGUGUGUG